GUUUCUGAAACACACGUGGCAAUCUACCAUUGGAAAAGAUGACGCCAAACGCAAAUACAUAAACAGAAAAUAAUUUAAAAUUUCAAAAAAUUCCCCUAUUUUCUUCAAAAGAGUUAGAUUUUCAGAGCCUGCGGGUGUUUCGAAGAUGAGGCUGCCAACGUACGCGGGGUGUAGUUUAACGCUUGCUAUAGCAGUUAUAUACCAUGCUUUUAGUAGUAGAAAACAGUUUUAUCCAGCUAUGGUUUAUUUGUCUACUUCUAAGAUCAGUUUGGUGCUGCUUCUGAAUAUGGGUUUGGUGGUAAUGUGUGUUUUGUGGCAAAUGAUCAAACGUUUUUUCCUUGGCACACUCCGGGAAGCGGAGAUUGAGAGAUUGAAUGAGCAGUCUAGGAGAGAGAUCAUGGAGAUUCUGUUUGCAAUUACUAUAUUUCGGCAGGACUUUUCGGUUUCAUUUCUUGCUAUGGUUACUACAUUGUUGAUGAUCAAAGCUUUGCAUUGGCUGGCUCAGAAGAGGGUGGAGUACAUUGAGACAACCCCAACUGUCUCCAAGUUGUCUCAUGUUAGGAUUGUUUCUUUUAUGGGUUUCCUUUUUCUUUUGGAUUCUAUGUUUUUGUAUAGUUCUGUUAAGUUCUUGAUACAAACACGACAGGCUUCCGUUUCUCUCUUUUUUUCAUUUGAGUACAUGAUACUGGCAACAACAACAGUGUCAAUAUUUGUGAAAUAUAUUUUCUAUGUGAGUGACAUGCUUAUGGAAGGACAAUGGGAAAGAAAGGCUGUGUACACCUUCUACUUGGAACUUGUCCGGGACUUGCUUCAUUUUUCUAUGUACCUGUGCUUCUUUCUUGUGAUAUUCAUGACCUAUGGUGUUCCUUUGCACUUAAUACGAGAGCUUUAUGAGACAUUCAGGAAUUUCAGAAUUCGUCUUGCUGAUUUUGUACGUUAUCGGAAGAUCACUUCAAAUAUGAACGAUCGAUUUCCAGAUGCUACCCCUGAAGAGCUUAAUGCAAGUGAUUCAACCUGCAUUAUAUGCCGUGAGGAGAUGACAACGGCCAAGAAACUAAUUUGUGGACAUCUUUUUCAUGUUCAUUGCCUCCGCUCAUGGUUAGAACGACAACAUACCUGUCCUACUUGCAGAGCUCCGGUUGUACCACCUGAAGGUGGGGCAAAUACAGCUGAAGGACAACAUGGACCACGAUCAGAUGCUCAUCAAUCAGGUACGGGCACUUCAACGGCUGCCCGGGGUUCAGCUGAUGCUUCAGCUGACAACAACUUGAGCCAGCACCAGGCCAGGCUCCAGGCUGCCGCGUUGGCUGCUUCAAUAUAUGGGAAAUCUUUUGUUUAUCCAUCUCCAAACUCUCUAGUGUGUUCUCCUGGAUAUGUUGUACUUCCUCAGUCCUAUAGGCCGUCGGGUGAUUCCACCAAUGUGGAAUCUCAUGGUGAACAAGCUUCCAGUGGACAACAGCAGUUUCAGAAUCCUAGGGCAUCUGUUUUUUUUCCCUUUGCUCAAUUUCCACAGAGUUUCGUCCCUUUUCAGGCACCUGGUGCUAAUGUGACAUUUGGAGAAAGAUUGGAAGCUCAGAAGUUCAUCAAGCACCAGAUUGAGGUCUUGCAAGACCAGCUUCAACAACUGCAGAAGUCGAAACCUGUGGUAAGUUCUGAGAAGGAUUCUUCUAAAUUAUUUGAUGGCAAAGGAAAGACUGUUGCUUCAUCUUCAUUGUCAGUUUCAGACUGCGGUCAUCACUGUGAAAAUUAAGAGACAGCUUCAUAGUUUUUUUUGGGCAGAAUUUCAGUUUUAUUACAGGUAGAUUUGAAGAGUUUGGAUGUAGAGAACACAUAUUGGGGACAAGGACAAAUACUAGGCGUUUUUGCUUGAAAAUUUAAUUUAUUCAAGCAAUGUUUUGUUGUGUUAGAAUCACUUUUUUUUCCCCCCUUUUUACACUAAACAGAACCUGGAGACAUUUCCAAUAUGUAAAAUCGUCUUUCGCCAUUGAUGUAAGAUGUGGAUGGUUUAGUACUAA